AUGGAGCUGCAAUCCAAGGAGUCCAUUUCUGGUUUUCUGACAGAAGUUGAAUGCUGGGUGCUGAAGAAUAAGGUUAAUGAUCUUAAUUCUGUUAUGGAACGUUUGAAUGAUUGGUGGAAGCAGAGAGCUAAGGUAAAAUGGUGGGUUGAUGGUGAUAGCAACACAAAGUUCUUCCAUUCCUAUGCUAGUGCUAGAAGAAAUUCUAACAGUAUUCUCAAGAUUAAAGAUGGAAAUGGCAAUUUGGUGGAGGAACAGAAGCAAAUUGAGGAAAUUUUAUCUCAAUUCUUCACUCAGAAAUGGAAAUUUAGAGAUGCUGUAACUCAUGGCUGGACAAAAUCGCAAGCAACUCUAAGUGCUGAUGAUAGGAGAAUUAUUGAAGAUGAAUUCUUUGUAUCUGAAAUUGAACAGGCCAUUGAGCACACCAAAGGUAAUAUAGCACCUGGACUUGAUGGGAUUUCUUACUCAUUUAUCAAAGGUUACUGGAGCAUCAUCAAAACAGAUUUUCUAAAUGCCAUUAUAUAUUUUCUGCAACAUGGUGAAAUGGAUAAAAACUGGAAAGAUACACUUAUUGUCCUCAUUCCCAAUGUUAGUAAUCCAUUAUUUCCUGUUAAUUAUAGAACAAUUAGCUUAUACAAUGCGAUUUAUAAAGUGGCAGCCAAGGUGAUCUUAAACAGGUUGGUAAUGGUGAUCCCUAAACUUGUCUGA